CGGGAUAGCAAUUUUCACGUCGCUGAUUGCUUCUGCGCUUCUCAGCUUCGACUCGCAUUUCUACCAGUUUCGUCUCCCUCAAGAGUUGAAACUUCAAAUUUCAUGUCGUAUCAUCUUUCGUUGCUCCUAACAAAUAUACUAUUGCAAGAAAGAUGGCUUUUGAAGGCUCCUAUGAGUACUGAAAUUUUGAGAUGCAGCAAGGGUGUAUAGAAAACUUUUGUUUGUGAGCAAAUGAACCACCUUCGUAUGGAGAAUCCCCUGAUCAUCCUGCAAUGCAUUGAAGGUUUCAUCGGCACAUCAACAUCAACUGUGGUGGUGAGGUUGACACGGACCCAGACACAACCCUGGAAUUGAAGUAGUACAACUGGCUUAAGAAGAUGUCACGAUCAACGCUACUGUAAACCUCAAUCCAACAGUUGUUCCCGGAAACAUUGCGAAAGGGCUGAAUACUGCUCUUGCUUUCAACCUGGGUAAUCCUGACUGCAAGGCUAGAUCGAAAGUCUAUUACAAAUUGCCCGUGGGUUUCAAUGAAACACAUGAAACAAGACUGUGGCCGAAGGUAAACGUUUCGACGAUCUUGGACUUCAUCCGCUGUUGGCGGGCUUUCAAAUGCACAGCAUCUUCUCGACGAGCCUCGAAACUUAAGAGACUAAAUUGGGAGCAACACCUCCACAAACUCACCAUCUUCGUUCGGUUCAGUCUCCGAAGACAAUCAUCUUAUUUCUGCCCAGGCUGGAGCCGUGAUAUCUGGCGACUAAUGGCGGGGAAUGUCUUGUCUCAAUUAUCUCUGCGACUGAAAUUGGGGGGCAGAAGCACAAUGUGUUGGGCUGGAAUUCUUUCUGGGGUCUUACUCUCGAACCUUCUUCUCUACCCGGUCCUCUCGCAGUCUACUGGGGCUUCUCCAGAAGGAUUCAUAAGCAUCGACUGUGGCGGCUCGAGUGGAGUAGACCCUAUCACCUCACUCCAGUGGAUCACUGAUCACACUCAUCUGCAGUCAUUCAAAAGUCUUUCUCAAGAGAAGGUGAUCAUGACCGCCGACGUUUAUUACAACGAGAGCUCACCUAGCGUGCCGAAUGACGAACAGUUGAAAACUGCUCUGGUGUUUCUUCCCAUCCAAAAGACACGCUCGAAGUUUUGCUACGACUUGCCAAAUGCAUUCAACGCAACUGAAGGAUCACGAAAUUAUCUUCUUCGAGCAAUGUUUCCCAGCCAAAAUUUGACUCUGAAUGGAAACACAUUAUCGGGAUAUGCCACUCGGUUCUACCUUACUGUCGACUCCACCUACAUCACCACAAUCGAGCUACUGCCAUCUAUGCCGCAGACAAUCGAGCUGGUCGUCUCUUCAUUAGAUGACAAAUUUUACGUUUGUCUCGUGUCCUUGGAAGACAAGUCCUCAAUGCCAGCUAUCUCAACUCUGGAGUUGCGUCCGCUCGAUCCAGAUACCUAUGGCAGAAGUGGUCAGUCGACAGACAAGCAACAGUCGAGCUAUCUCAUGCUCAUUGAUCGUUUGGACUUCGGAGGAACACUUGACACUGAGUCGCCUCCUCUCAGAUAUCCCGAAGACCCUUUCGAUCGUAUAUGGUCAUCCCCACGAAUUCCCGAAGGAGCAGAGUUUGAGGCUUACAACCGUACCGAAAAUGCAAUGCUUGGGGUUGGCGGGGACAAUGUUCGCAUCCCUAUUGCAGUUAUGAGAUCGAUAUGGAGGGGAAAAAAUAUACACUCCACCAUCAGCUUUGACGUUGAUGUGAAGAGCGCUAGAGCCGUCCGUCCACUAUCAACAUUGUGGAUACAGAUGUUAUUUUCAAACGUAGUUUCUGGAGACGCGAAUCCUGAUCAGGCCGUCUAUCUAAACGACGGUGAUCGAGCUUUGUUCUAUUAUUGGACGCCGUUUGAGGUUCCCGGUUCUCCCGGUUUUUAUAACACAAGAAGCAGAGACCAGGUCAUCCGUAGCGAUUCCUUUAAAAUCAGAAUUAUGUCAAAUGAAACCCCCACAGAAGCACCUGUUCUCAUAAACGCAGCCGAGAUUCAUGGCGAAUUUGCAGCGGUGGCAGUGAGAACUUCAAAACUUGAUGUGAAUAAUUUCAGGAAGUUUUAUCCCGAUUUCGCAUCAAGUUCUCUAGACACAGCUGGCGAUCCGUGCUUGCCAGUUCCUUGGGACUGGCUAGUUUGUAGUAUCGAGUUGCCCCCUACAAUAACCCAAAUAAAUCUUACUGGCAAAGGUGUGGCCGGUGUAUUGCCUAGAGUAUUUGGGAAUUUGAGUCAGUUGACGAUUUUGGAUCUGUCUGAAAACAAUUUCGAAGGGGAUUUCCCUGAUUCUAUCGGAGGAAUCCGCACUCUCAGAGAACUGAACUUGGGAUACAACAAGCUGUCUGGAGAACUACCAUUCUUCAGUCCAAAAUCACUUGACAAUCUGGAAAUGCUAUCACUGGCUAGCAAUAUGUUCGAUGGAAAUCUGACUUCAUUAAUGGGAGCAUUGGACGAAUCGAUUCAAAACUUAGACCUCAGCAAUAACAAAUUCGUCGGACCCAUACCUGGGAAUAUAGAAGUGCUAGAAAACUUGGAGAAUUUGGAUAUGUCCAACAACCAGUUGUCGAGCGAGUUAGCAGUCAACUUCACUAAACUCAGGAAUUUGAAAAAUCUGAACUUGAGCCAUAAUAAUCUGAUCGGUACAGUGCCUGACAGCAUCUGGAACAGUCGCAAUCUUCAAUUUGUGAAUUUGAGAAACAACAGCUUUGUGGAAUUGAAUCUUACAACAUGGUAUAACAAAGUUGCCGAAGGCAAGAGUCUCGAUGCUCGUCCAAUUCAGCUGCGUUUGGCUGGAAAUCAAAUACACAGCAUUAUCUCACCCAGCCUUCAAGCUUUAGAGAGAAUAAUAGUAGCGCCACCUUCACUAUCUGAGCAGCUGCUCUCAAUACAGUCUUCACAAACUUUUAUCUUGCUUGGAGAGAAUCCAUGGUGCCUCAAUGAUACUGAGGGAGUGAAUUUAAAGUUCAUCAAAAAAUACAUGUGCCGAUCUGAGGAGCAUGAGAACUUCUGGGCGUCCCCAUCAAACGAUGGUGUCCAAACAGGAAUAGUAAUUGCCGUGGGCGUGGUAUCUGGAAUAUUCGUGUUACUUAUGAGUUGUUUAGUCAUAUUCUUCACGUGGAAAAUGAAAAGAAGCAGUCGUGAACUUCAACAGAUACAAGAAGUUUUAGCAAAAGACAACGUGAAGCCACCGAUUUUCAGCUACCAAGUACUCAAAACCGCGACUCACAGUUUCUCUAGUUCCAACGAGUUAGGAAAAGGUGGAUUUGGCACUGUUUUCAAGGCUGAACUAGCAGAUGGGAGUAUUGUUGCUGUGAAGAGACUCACUCAGACAAAGCAGAGUACAUCGGACUUCUUGAAAGAAAUGGUAAACAUCUCGGGUAUCAAACAUAGACAUCUGAUUCAACUCAAGGGAUGUUGCGUAGGGGAGAAUCAGCAACGGAUGCUGAUUUACGAAUACGCGGAGAACAAGAGCCUCGCAGAAGCCCUGUUUGGUUCAGGUCCUCAAUGUGCGACCUUCUUGAACUGGAAACAACGUUACAACAUAUGCUUGGGAAUAGCCCGUGGACUUGCGUACUUACAUGAAGAAUUGCAGCCGGGUAUGAUUCACAGAGACAUAAAGCCGGAAAAUAUUCUUCUGGACAAGAAUUACAACGCAAAGAUUGCCGACUUUGGACUCGUCCGGCACGCUAAUGAUUCAAAUGACACUCAAGUCACCAUGAACAUUGGAGGAACGAGGGGCUACUUUUCACCAGAGUAUGCACUAGAAGGCGUCGUAUCCGAGAAACUGGAUGUGUAUAGCUUUGGUGUAGUCUUGCUGGAAAUCGUUGCUGGAAGAAGGUGCAUCGAUCUGAAGUUGCCACAAGAACAAAGUGUUCUACGCUCCUGGGCUAUAACUUUGUACAAGGAAGGCAAGGUUUUGAACCUGGUCGACAAAAGAUUGGAGGGCGAUUAUGACGAAGAAGAAGUCCUGCUCGUGGUGAACAUGGCUCUGUCUUGUCUGCAAGCAGAUCCCAAGAAACGCGCAACGAUGUCUCAACUGGUGAACGUCCUCAUGAAGAACUCAAAUGCAAGUGUAGCUGUGGACAUCGUCAACGAGCUACAAUCCCAGACACCAUACUUGUGGAGCAUAUCAGAGGACGAACACUACGUGGAUGCAUAUCCUAGUAGACAAGGCGUUCAAGGAGAAUCAGCCGAACUUGCUUUAAUGUCAUCAUUUGCCGCCGAUUCACAAGCCUCGGUUAUGGUGCCUCGAUAGUACAUCAUUUUUGCUUGCAUCAUCAUCCACAAAGCCAAAUUUUGCGCCGGUAAAAUAACAACUUUCGAAAUGCUGCAGAGUUUGGAGAGCAAGCAGGCGAUUAAAGCUCACAGUGAACUUCGAUAAAACAAUCGAAUGACCUUUUCAGAGCCAUUUUGCAGAUUCUGAGGUGAGUUCACGGGGAGUUCACAGAAGUAGCAAUUAGUUAUGUCGCUUAAAGACAAGGCUUUAAGUGUAGAGAUAUAUGAAUUCAGAGAGUUGGACACUGCAUCAAUGAAAACGUAUCCCUGUGAUAGAGAAAUGGACAUUAACUAUAGCCAUGAUUCACUGCCAGAUUAUAACUCGGAGGUUGAAAACAAAAAAGAGGGUAUAUUUCAGUUCGUCCAGUUGGUGGACAACCUGAUGAUCAUCUUCACAUUACACAUCCGAGAAAGUUUGUAGCAAAUUGAAAAUAUGUGAACUUUA